AACAGGAUGGAUACAAUGGUUUAGUUACUGGGUUUUCCUCAUCAUUUAAUUCCAACAUUUCAGAGGGGAUUGAAUUUUUAGAAACAGGAAUGAAACUUACCGCUGUUACGGUGAUCUUGCUCCGAUGCUGCUUGGUGAGGAGGUGGCUGCUGCAGCUGAUUUUUCUCUGCCUGGCUUGGAAGAUGGGGAAUAACCAGCUCCAUUAUUCGGUGCCAGAAGAAUCCCAGCACGGCACCUUUGUGGGCCGCAUUGCCCAGGAUCUAGGGCUGGAGGUGAGUGAGCUGAUACCUCGGAUGUUCCGGAUGGAAUCUCAAGGUGGUGGGGACUAUUUAGAGGUAAAUGUCCAGAAUGGGAUUUUGUUUGUGAAUUCCAGGAUAGACAGGGAGGAGCUGUGUGUCAAAAACCCUGUUUGUGCCAUUCACCUGGAGGUGAUUGUGGAUAAACCUCUGAAGGUCUUCCAUAUAGAGGUAGAGAUCAAGGAUAUAAAUGAUAAUGCUCCUGCAUUCCCUCAAAAGGAACAGAAAGUCUUUGUGUCUGAAAUGAGAACACCUGGCUCAUUUUUCCCUCUGGAGAGAGCAUCUGAUGCAGAUAUUGGUCCAAACUCUCUCCUCUCCUAUGCAAUCAGCCCUAAUGACUGCUUUACUCUUGAUGUUCAGAGAAAACAUGAUGAAAGCCAAUUAUUAGGACUCCUUUUAAAGACCUCUCUAGAUAGGGAAGUCAAAACUAUGCAUCGUUUUCUGCUUACAGCCACUGAUGGAGGCAAACCCGAGCUCAGUGGCACCGUUCAGCUGGUGAUUGUUGUACUUGACGAGAAUGACAAUGCACCGGCCUUUAAUCAAUCUGUUUACAAAGUCCAAAUGACAGAGGAUGUUCCAAGUGGGUCAUUAGUGGUUAAAUUAAAUGCCACAGACCUAGAUGAAGGAAUAAAUAAGGAUAUUACAUAUUCUUUUCAGAAUCAUGUACCUGUUAGCUUAAAAAAUAUAUUUACUUUAGAUUCUGUUAAUGGAGAAAUAAGGACAAAAGAAAAAAUAGAUUUUGAAGAGAAUCAUCAAUAUGAAAUUCAGGUCCAAGCAAGUGAUAAAGGGAGCAAUCCAAUGACAGGGUACUGCAGAGUUGUGAUUGAAGUGCUGGAUGUCAACGACAAUGCCCCUGAGAUGUCACUGAAGUCCCUGACAGUGCCAGUGCCAGAGGAUUCCCCUCCAGGAAUGGUGGUGGCCCUGAUCAGUGUCUCAGAUAGGGAUUCUGGGGCCAACGGGCAAGUGACCUGUUCCCUGCAGCCCCCUGGGCUUCCUUUCAAGCUGGUGUCCACCUUCAGGAAUUACUACUCAAUGGUGGUUGCGGAGUCCCUGGAUCGGGAGCAGGUGGCAGAAUACAGGAUCGUUGUGAUGGCUCGAGAUGAAGGGACUCCACCACUUUCAGCCAGCAGCAGCCUCGUGGUACCCAUUGGUGAUGUGAACGACAAUGCACCCACCUUUGCACAGCCCACUUACAUAGUCUUUGUGAAAGAGAACAACCCUCCUGGUGCUAACAUCUUCACAGUGUCCGCCUCAGACCCAGAUGUGGCCGAGAACGCCUUGGUCAGCUACUGGCUGGAUGAGAAGCUGUGGCCUCUGUCAAGCUACAUCUCGGUGCAUUCAGAGAGUGGGAAGCUGUAUGCCCUGCAGCCCUUGGAUUACGAGGAGCUGAAGCUGCUGGAGUUCCAGGUGAGAGCCAAGGAUGCUGGGCUGCCCUCCUUGUGUGGCAACGUGACCAUCCAAGUUUUUGUGUUGGAUGAGAAUGACAACGCGCCUGCAGUGUCUGGUCCAGCUGAGGAUACCCCCAUUCUGGUGAAGGUCCCAGUGGCAGCUGGGUAUGUGGUGGGCAAGGUUCAUGCCCUGGAUGCAGACUCAGGCUACAAUGCAUGGCUGCGCUAUGAACUUCAUGAUGCAACCAAUGGCUUGUGGCGAGUGGGACUGUACAGCGGUGAAAUCAGCACCACACGUGCCCUUGAUGAGGCAGAAGGUAAUUUUAUUCACCAAAACCUAGUGGUGAUGGUGAAGGACCAUGGGAAGCCAGUGUUGUCAGCUACAGCUACCGUAAGUGUGUCACUGGUGACGGGUACCCAAGCUAUGCACAGUGAUGCUCGUCUUCUCAACCUGGGAGGGAGCCCAAAGUUGCUGGUGAACAAUGCCAACAUCUACCUCAUCAUUGCUAUCUGCUCGGUAUCUAGCUUGUUCCUGUUGGUGGUCAUAGUCUAUCUGGUCCUGAGAUGCCAGUGCCAGCCCAAGGAGGCAAUGACGUAUGGCCCUGGCACGGCCACACUAGUAUGUGCCAGUGAAGUGGGCAGCUGGUCAUAUUCCAAUCGCCACAGCCACAUCUUGGCAGGUGUAAGUGGGGAACCUGGAGCCAAGACUGACCUCAUGGUUUUCAGCCCCAACAUUCCUCCUCCUCCAGGAAGUGAGAAACAGGAGCAAAUUCUUUAUGACUCAUCACUACAGGAGAACAACCCACCUGGUGCUCACAUUUUCACUAUGUCUGCUUCAGACCCAGAUCUGGCUGAGAAUGCCCUGGUCAGCUAUUGGUUGGAUGAGAAGCUGUGGCCACUCUCAAGCUAUAUCUCGGUGCAUUCAGAGAGUGGGAAGGUUUAUGCCCUGCAGCCAUUCGACUAUGAAGAACAGAAGUUACUGGAGUUCCAGAAUGACAACGCACCUGCCAUUUCUGGACAAGAGGAGGCCCCCACCUUAGUAGUGGUACCUGUGAUGGCUGGCCAUGUGGUUGGCAAGAUCCGGGCCUUGGAUGCUGACUCGGGCUACAAUGCAUGGCUGCGCUAUGAGCUGUUUGAGGCAAACCAUGGCCCUUGGCGAGUGGGACUGUACAGCGAAUGA